GUGCAAGUUGGAGCUCGUUCGAGAGUAAAAAGAACACUUUUAUUUAUCAGACAGAAGAGAGGAGUUCUUUCGAGAGUGACGAUGGAUGCAGCAACGAAAGAGAAAGUGGAAGAAACAGUUCUAGAAGUUCUCCGCAACGCCGACAUGGAAGCGAUGACAGAGUUCAAAAUUCGCCAAAUUGCUACUGAGAAGCUCGGCAUCGAUCUUUCUGAACCUUCUCGAAAGAAGUUUGUUCGUCAAAUUGUCGAAGAUUUUCUUGCGCAACAACAACAACAACAACAACAUCAACAACAGCAACAGCAGCAAAACGACGCUGUUAGUACCGGUGAAGUCGAAGAAAAACAAGAAGAGGAAGACAAUAAUAACGAUGGGAGAGAAUAUGAUGAUGAUGGCGAUCUCAUCGUUUGUCGGCUGUCAGAUAAGCGAAGAGUGACAAUUCAGGAUUUCAGAGGAAGGACAUUGGUGUCAAUAAGGGAAUACUACAAGAAAGAUGGAAAAUAUCUUCCGACCUCCAAAGGGGCCAGAUUGAUGAUUAAGGUAAGCAGAGAAGGAAAUGGAAGAUAUAUCUUGAUCAAAAUCUUGAAUACUCUUGGAGGAUGACUACUGUAUACAACCCUCUGUCAAGAAUUUAACAGUCGGGUGGUGUGCGUACUUAAGAAAAUAAGGAAAGCAAUGUGAGAAUGGGCAGCGACCGGCUCUGAUACCAAUGAUAUGGUUGUUGAAUCUUCAACAACCAUUUAAAAUUAAGAACUGAUUUUCAAAGAUAGAAAAAAGAGGGAGAAAGAAGAAAAUUCAGAAGAAAGAAGGAAUACAGUGUUAUUCAUAUGCUUUGUGUCUUACAUUUAGUUAGUUUAUAUACCAAUGCAACAAUCAAACUAACUUGUCACAAUUCUUACUAAACACGUGUUUAGCAUGCUUACACUUCAUCAUACACAUGCUUAGCAUGAUUACACUACAACAGUGUAUGAAACAGGUGAUAAUAAGUAAUACCUAAUAUGAGAUGGGUAUUUAAGAAAAAUGAAGAAGAGGAAGGAGAAAUAAAGAGGGAUAUUGAGGACAAAGAGAAAAAAAUCGGGAGAAGACCACUAAUAUAGGGUGAGAAGUGGGAAGAGAAGGUGGGAGUUUUCUGUGUAAGUACUUACUGCUAGUAAUACGGUUUUAACUUUAAGUAUCAGAAAGUGAACUCUGAACUGUAUUAAACGAAGGAAGUAAAUAUUUCAGAAAGCUAAAAAGAAGGUUGAGGUUGCAGGUUGUAGGUUGCUGAUACAGUGAUACUAAAUGUAUGAAGUAUAUGCAUCAGAGAAAACAGAUGAGAGAGAAAGAUGUUAAAGAGGGAGGAAGAUAGAAAGAAUUGAUUUUAGGGGAUAAAAAGAGAGAUAGAAUAUGAAAGGGAAGGGAGGGAGAGAUCAGAGCCAGAGGUCACACAAAGAUAAAAAGAAUGGAUUUUUAGGGAGAUAAAAAGAGAGAUAGAAUAUGAAAGGGAAGGGAGGGAGAGAUCAGAGAUCACACAAGAUAAAAAGCUGCUUCAUUGUGAUCUUUGACCCUGACAUCUUGGCUACUUUUCUUCUUUUCUUUUUCUUUUCUGGAAAGUAUCUUUCUUUUUAUUUGUAAAUUACAUUUUCUGUAUUCGUCUCUAAAUGUCCACUCUAUGAUCUCUAAAUGUCCACUCUAUGAUUCAGAUAAUCGUAAUACAGUUCGCAAAUUUGAUUUGAAUAAAUUUAUUUUAAUACGUAUAAACAUAAGUUUUGUACUAUUGCUAAGCUCCAUGAUGAUGAACAGUUUCCCUGUCGUUUAUGUUGCAUCAAAAUGGAAAUAAUUUAUUUGAACUCUAAUGUGUUUCUCAAAACACAAACCCGACUCCCAAGUCUAGAGCCCCUGGGUUUUUAGGGGCUCGAGUGAAAGAUUAUUUAU